AUGCAGGAUAAUAAGAAAGAAAAGGAAAAUACUCAAGAACUUUCAGUGGACAUAGAAGUGACUCUUUUAGACGGGAGACUGGAAAAGUUUUGUCUUUCUGAACGUUGUUUGGGUCAGGAGUUAUUUACUUUGGUUAUUAAAAAAAUUGGCUUUUUUGAGUAUGAGUACUUUGGAUUACUUUAUAUUGAUUUCGAAGGCAAUCGGUGUUGGAUUGAUAAUAACAAACCACUGACGAAAGUUUUAAGAAAUUCAAGUACCAGGCCAUUGGAGUUCCUAUUCGCUGUUAAAUUUUUUACACCUUAUCCAAACCUUUUAGAAGAUGAUCUAACACGGUAUUUGUAUGCACUGCAAAUUAGAAAUGACUUUUUCCAAGGUCUGCUACACAGUAACCGUAACACGAGUCUUCUGCUUGCAGCAUUCAUUGCACAGUCUCAAUUGGGUGAUUUUCAAGAGACAGAAUGUAGAUCUUAUGCCUACUUGAAAAAACAUCAUAUGUUCAGAACAGCUCCUGAUUCUUAUUUAAUGCGUCUUAUGGAACUUCAUCAAACGUUAAUAGGAAUCACAAAAUCAGAAGCUGAUUAUCGUCUGUUGGAUGCUGCUCGAAAAGUUGAGCUGUAUGGAAUUCGUUUGCAUGCUGCUAAAAGUAUGGAAGAUAGACCAGUGAAUAUGGGAGUUAAUCAUAUUGGCAUAAUGAUAUUUGAAAAGUUCUCUCGUGUAAAUACCUUCAAUUGGUCAAUGAUACGUAAACUUAGUUUUAAACGACGGAAAUUACUACUUAAGCUUCAUAUGGAAGCGUAUGGUUACGGAAAUGAUACUAUUGAAUUUUCAUUUCCUACUCGUAAUAGUUGUAAAAACUUUUGGAAAAAAUGUAUUGAACAGCAUACAUUUUUUCGUUCAAUGUCUCCAUACGAUACUAGACAGGCAGGUGCAAUUCAUCGUGGUUCCAGUGUACUUUCUCAUUCAUCACCUGGAAAUCUUUUCACAUUCCCAUUUACAAAACUACGCAGAUCUGCUAGCUGUGGUGCUAACAGUUUAUCUAACUCACGAGGAACAUAUAAACGUAAUGAUGAAGAGAAUUCUGAAACGUCAAAUAGAAAAAGUUCACAAACUUCACAUCUUAGUACACCGGUUAAACGAUUUGCUCAUCUAAAUCUUACUGGCUCAAGUUUUCAUUAUACGGGACGUACACAAAAACAGCUUAUGGAGUCGGAUCCUGAACAUUUAAAGUUUUCAUCUGAAUACAAUUCAUCUAGUCUAAAAGUUAAUCCAUACUCAUCAAUGCGUAAAAAAUCACAUUUAUUAACUAAACUACUUGCUCAAAAACAUCCACUGACUGCUGGUGGUAUUGUUGGUGGAGGUAGUGAUCAUUUGGAGUUAUUUCGUCUUUCAUUUACUUCACUCAUUCCAUAUCCAUCAUCAACAUUUAACAAUAACAAUAAUAAUAAUGGUCUUUAUGAUAGUUCGUCCACAUUGUAUGGAAAAAGUGGUUUCAAAUGGAAUUGUAAUCGCGCUGUAAGUACAUCGUCAAUUGAUCGUCAAGUAUCCUCUUGUCGACGGAAAGUUAGUACACAUUCAUAUGUUCCUCGUCAUUUUUCUGGUACUAUAAGUAGACAAUCUUCUGUAUCCCAAGAUGUACACACAAUCGAUUGGUCUGACAGUAAAUACUACAAUGAACAGUCUACUUAUACAAAUCAUUUAACAAAACGUCCAUCAGAAGGUUGUUUGUCUAAAACCUCUACAAAUAUGUUUAAACCAUGUGUCAAUGAAUCGCCCAAUUCAUCUUCAUGUUCGCUAACAUCAGAAUCCUAUCCAAGACCAGUAGCCUAUGAUGAACCGAUAGAUCAUCCACAGUAUUUGUUAACGUCAAAAAGUGAUUUAUCUAAUCUACAAAUCACUGAGUUAGAUUAUAGUGCAGAUGAAAAGGAUACUUCACCUAUGUCUGUAAUUUCUACUAAACAAAAUUUAAAGAAUUGUACAUAUGCAAUACAAUCCCCAUUAAUGACAUCUUUACGUCAAUUUGGUGAAACAGAACUAUCGAAUAAUCAUCAAGAGUUGUUAGACAAAGAAAACUAUUCGGGUUCCCAUGAAGGCUUACAUCAUUCUACAUGGGACAAUGAUCAUCAACAGAAGAUUACCUCCCCUAGUACUGAAAACGAUGCAGAAUUACAUGUCAGUCUAGCAGAAGUGAAAGAGGAUAUAAAAUCAGUUGAUAGAUAUUCUGCAGAUGAUCAUCAAGAUAUAGACGAUAAUGUAUCUGAAACACAUUCACCAUAUCAAGUUUCACUUGACAACUUUGAAGCAUUCUCUCAAGAUGAUGACGCUGAAGAAGCAGGGAAUGAAAAAUACGAUGAAGAGGAUAAAACAAGUCAAUGUCGAAGUGAAAAUGACUAUGCGCCAAAUGGAAAUGUUUCAAUGGAUGCAAGUCUCGUGGAUUUGCAAUCCCUUGGAAAAUCUCAUGAUAAUUCAUUAUUUAACAGUUCAAUAGUAUUUAGUGAAGAAUUAUCAUUAGACGGGAAUAAAAGUCGUCCUUUGUCUACAACUGAUAUUGCACAUAGUGAAUUAAUUGAUGAUCUGGAAAGUGAUAUUCAAUCAGAUCAAUAUGUACAUAUGGAUGAAGCUCCAGAAAGUUUAGCUGAUGCAAUCUCACUAGGUGCAAUCUCUUUAAUUACUGGUUUAUCAGAAGACGAUGAUGAUCAUGAUCAUGAUGAUGACGGUGAUGGGGAUGGUGACGACGAUGGUCGUAUAUACAGUAGCAGUAAAGGAGAGAAUCUGUUGAAUGUCAGUUCAGUCUACCUUGAAUCAGAUAACAGUGUGAAAGUGAAACAUGCAAAGAGUUUGACGCAUUUACCUAGACGAGAAGUUACUUCUGCUGUUACACUGGACUCUUCUAAUAUAAAUAAUCAAGGAAUGGUGGAAUCUGAUAAACAAUCUUUAAAUGAGCCUCCUUGUGAACUUGUUCGAGUAAAGUCACAACAAAUAUUCUCAAAUACUGAUGCAUCAUUUAGACAACAACGUCAUCAUCAUCAUCAGUUGGAAGCUGAUUCGUCUGUUCCUUCAGUAAUGUUAUCUACACCUACACUGAAUGGUACGGCAAACCAGGUUGAUCAGAAAAUUUCUGAGUUGUUGACAAUCGCUUCAGGAUGUCUGGAUAUAUUCAAAGAAGUCCUGUUGACAGAAACUAUGUACAAUCAUGAUUUGGAGUUUUUGCUUGCGACUCCAUUGGACAUUGCUAAUUCACUCCACGCGACACCAUUAAUCAACUGGUUACAAAAUCGUCUUCUGCCAGCUGUUAAACCAAUCUACGAUAGACAAGUAUCAUUUUUACAUCAAAUCAAGAUCACUGUAUCUACACUGAAGCGUUUGAUUUCAAGAGUGAAACUUCUCAGUAAACAAGUAUUCUCCAAAUCCAAAGAUAAUGAUGGUGAUGACCAUGAUGAUGAUGAUGAUGAUCCAAUGCGGCAUUUAUUCCCAUCUUCUGUAAAAAUCAAUCACGAUUCCCUGAUAUCAAUGCAUCAUAUAUCAAAAAGUUGUGUCAGUUCAUCAGAAUUAUCAUUAGCUCAUACUACCACUACUGCAUCACAUGUGAAUGAAAUUGAAGAAUUGUCUACCUCUGAAAUAUCAAGUUGUCGUCUUUCACCACAAUUUAUUAAACAUAAACAUAAAAAGUGUGCAUUACAUGCAAUAUUGAAAGAAUUACAAAAUCUUAGUUGUUGUAUAAAUUUACUAAUGAAUUUACUAGACCAAUUACAAUGUUAUGAAGCAUGGAUCAAGAAUUCAGUGAAUUUACUAACAGAAUUAUGGUUACUGGCGUUUUCAGAUGUUCUUUCUUCACAUCCAAACAAGGAUACUGAGACAGCUAAUAAUCGGCUGAAUGGAAAAUCAAAAACUCAAAUCACAGAUUCUGAUAAUAAUAAUAAUAAUAAUAAAACAACUGAGAAUAUCCAAUCCUUCAAUGAUGAAUAUUCGCCUACAUUAAUACGUAAAGUGUUAUACAGUUUCGAAGAAGAAUCAUCAUCUCUUGGUUCUAUAUGGCAUUAUUUAUUAUUGCCUAGUCGACGUUUUAGAAGUUAUUGUCAUUUACUGCAAUCCUUGGUGGAUCAGUUGUCGCAUCACUCAUGUUCUGUUUUAUGUAAAGCUGUGUUUAGCCACUUCUUAUUAACCUGUCGGUCAUUGGACACUACACUAGAUCAAGCUGAAAGAGUUGCACUAGCAUUCCAGUUAUCCGUGAUUGUUUUUCCCUUGGAGAAAUUCUUUUUCACUUCAGAUGAAACUAUUCAAAACCAUAUCAAUAUGUCAACAAGUGAUAAAGAAGAUCAACAAAACUCUAAGCCUGUAACUGAUGAAUGUCGAAUGAAGGAUGCUGAAUGCAAUGAUGACUACGGUGAUAAUGUUGUUGUUGUUGACAGAUUACAAGGGAUUUCAACUUGUUUGUUGCAUUCCUUGACCACUUAUCCAUUGAUUCGUUUUGGUUGGUUAAAUAAAUAUUCACGACGUGGAUUUCAGCCUAGACUGAUUUUCCUGUUUACUGAUCGUUUAAUCUAUGCAAGUCGAAUUCGUGGUGUACUUGGUUUAUACUUGAAACUUCAUGGAAUUAUAUCACUUGCAAAUACUACUGUUGAAAGAAACAUUCCGCAUAAGAAUCACGACAGCAUUUAUUCCCUUUCAGAUGAAAAUAAACAAUCAGUUUAUUUAAAAUUUGGUCUAGUAGUAACCUAUGCAACACGUUCACCAGUUCAUAAAUCAUCAGAAGAACCAGAUUCAUGUGUACCAAGUAGAAGCUCUGAAAAAAGUGACCAUCGUCGACAUACGAAAUCACAAUCUCCGUGUCGUUAUAGAUUACGUAAACAUCGUAAACGUUUUAUAUUUGGUGUUCCAAAUCAAUCUGAUUAUGAAACAUGGAUUAAUGAUAUCAGUCGGUUGUCUGAAGAUAAUAAAACAGAUACAGCUAAUGAGGCGUCAACUGUUAAUGAUUCUAAAAUGUUUAACUCUGUUCAAAUGGGUAAAUAUUCUGGAGUUGUUCGUCUACGUGAUUCAUGUACUUCAAAGCUUAUCUAUUCACAAGUUGCACAAAGAUGUAUAAAAAAUACUAACACUUGUCAAUAUCAAUCAGAUUCUGGUGGAUUACAAACAACUUCUCAUCACAAGUCAACCCUCUUAACUUCAUCAUACAAAAAUAACUUGGUUGAAUUUUGUUGGCGACAGCAUUCAUCAAUUUCAUGUAUUAAAUUGUUAAAUAUUAUUGAUGAUGAAAUGUCUGGUUACUUAUUUCGUCUUUCUAAACGUGGAACUGGUAGUAGACAAAAACUAUGGGCUAUUCUAUCAGAUUUAUGUUUAAAAUUCUAUAAAACAUAUCAUCAUUAUAAACUAUUAGCACGUUUAUGGUUAUCAUCUGAUAAAUGUACUAUUGAAUUAAUAACACUGGAUUCAUUAUCAUUUGAACAUGAUUCUACUGGAGUGGACUGUGAACACCACCGUCAUAAACGUCAUCACCAUCAUCAUCAGCAGCGGCGGCAUCGUCAUCAUGUUGUAUAUGGUCAAGCUAUUAAAAUUUCUCAUAAUUCUAAAGACUAUUAUUUUCAAGCUGAAAAUGAAUUUCUUUUGAAAAGAUGGUAUAAUUCAAUUUUAAAUGUAUUAAACUGUUCAACAAGUGAACGCGGUCAAAUUGAAAAUACACUAACAGACGAUGAUUUAGCUCUAGUCAAUGAAUCAAUAUCAACAUCAUGCCUGUCAACAACAUCAGAUGCCAAACUGAUAUUCACCUGCAGAUCUGUAUCUUCUGAGAAACCAAAGGAACAAUUUGAAGUCAAUAAUGAGUAAAAUAAUGAUAAUACAUCAAUAAGUUAUAUAUAGGCACCUUUUCAACUACCUCAAUAUUUUAUGUAUAGGUGAUAAAUCUUUGGUUAUCACAUUUUUCCGUCGUAUUUUUGUUUUGAUAUUCGUACUUCGUUAUUUUAUGUUUUGUUUAAUUUUUCAAAAACCACUGUUGUUGUCAAGUGACCUGUGAAUCUGUUAUUAUUAUUAUUAUCAUUCCCUUGUGUUCUGAGUGGAACACAAGGCUUCAGCAGCACUUCCUUCCUUCAUUCUGUCCUGUGAAGUCUCUUUUAACUGGCUCCACCAUUCCUUAUAUGAUCUCCUGCAUAUCACCUUGAAGGCGAUGCCCAACUCUAUUCCCACUCGUGGGCAUGAUUGGGGUGGGGGGGGGUUGGAUCUAACACACUACUUUAUCUAUCUGAUUGUCUCCUUCGAUUACUGAAAACUGCAUCAAAACAUUACAUUUAUCUUAUGUUUUAUGUAUGAUAAUAUGCUUCAAUAGUUUAUGGCAUUGUAAUUCCAGAAAUAUCCUAUGCUUUUUGCUUCGAAUUAAUAUUCUUCUUUUAGUGUGAUAUUUUAUCGUGGUGUAUGCGUAUUAUUCCACCAAUUUCUUUUAUUUGUAGUAGAUACUUUUAUAAAACUGCUUCUUAUUCAAUUUUACUGUAUUGUAUUCCAGAGAGCUUGUUUUUUUUAAAUAUUUCACUAUACCCAUACACACACCUCUGUACAUGGAAAUGGGCGCCCAUUAUCUUUUAUAAUUCUCUUAUAACCCCUUUCUCUUUUCUUACUGGAAGUGCUCAUUCUUUUUUUAUUUCGUCUAUUAUUAAUAAUCAUAUGUAUGGUGUUGUCACUUAUUUUAUUUAUAUGUAUUCUCUAUGAUUUUGUACAGUUCUUAUUAUACACUGAGAUGUGUAGCUUGGGCCAUUUUCUUCUAGUUUUUAACUUAAUGCUUUAACAUGUUUGACCUAACCUGUUCCAGAUUUAUUACAGCACAGUAAAAUUAUUAUUAUUACGGAAGAUUGUAUGAGGUGUAGCUUCUCUAUAGCACACUUUCUUUUCAUAUGAAUGAAGUGUAAUUAUUGUUAACAGAAUUGUUAAAAUGUGUUAGAUUAUCAGAUGAUACUGCUUAACCUUCAUACAAAUAAAUAAGACUAUGUUGUACAUAUAUCUAUCUAUGUUUUCCUCAUAUGCUGUCGACAGUAUCUAUGAUUAGACUGUCUGUUUCAUAAUAAUAACUGAUAAACUUGAAACCGCACGGAAAAGCUGCAUCUCGCCUACCACAGCUUCUAAUAUGUGAUUUUCGUGUUCUUAUUAGAUUAUCAUGCUUGUAAUUGAAGAAACACAUUCCUGACAGUAUAAUGUAUCUUGAACUUCCUUUAAAAUGUAGACAAGAUUAAUUC